UACGUUGUUAACUAUCUCGAUUAAUCAAGAAUUAAUCAAUAAUGGCAGACGUUAAGCAAGAACAUAAUAAAAGUGACGAUGUGGAUGCUUAUGGAAUGGGUAAUAGUGCCGAUCCAAAAAAUAUGCAAGAAUUGACGCAAUAUGUGCAGACCUUGCUACAAAAUAUGCAGGACAAAUUUCAAGCGAUAUCCGAUCAAAUUACCGGAAGAAUAGAUGAAAUGGGAAAUAGAAUAGACGAUUUGGAGAAAAAUAUAGCUGAUCUCAUGACGCAAGCUGGAGUUGAAGGAGGUGAAAAAUAAUAUGCUAAUACA